AUGCCAAUCUCACAGAAGCCUGCCCUUGAGAGCUCAUCUCUAGCCAUUGUUAGAAAUGUGCCAACAAUAAGAGGCAUCAACUGUUCAAGACGUUCUAUUUCUGAGUUCUCUUCCUGGCAGGCAGAUACCUGUGCCACAUUACUUCUGCCCACAUUAUCACACUCUGAUAUUCGACAAGAACAUGUUUCACUCUCUCAGUCAGAAACCUGUCUCUGGAGAAACUCUGAAACCAAGCCUAUAAAAGACGAGGGUCUUUCUAUUCUUGGUCCUAAUGCCCAGCCACUCUCAGAAAGGCAGAUAAAAAGGAGAAUGCCUUUACUGAUUUUGGAGAUGAAAGAACAACAUGAAGGGCUAUUUCCAAAGCAAAUGUUGGCAGAAUACCCACUGACAUCUUCAAGGAAUGUAUGGCCACCACCUACUGGUGACCUGGACACUCCAGCUCUCCAAACUGGCUGGAAUACUGAAGGCAAACCACAGCAGCUGCAUAUCUGUCAACAGCUCCUAUAUGUCAAGACCUUAGGGGGAAACUUGCAGCAGAAAUACAGCCAGCUUUUCUGGGGUCUCCCUUCUCUUCACAGUGAGUCCCUUGUGGCUAAUGUGUUGGUGUCUGGUAGCUGCUUGCCACUAGAGUCUUCCUUUGUUUUAUUCAAUGGAAUCUGUAAACAUCUCAUAGUCCAAGAGCAGGAUAAAGAACUCCCAGCAUAUCCCAAGACUCAUCCUCUUGGCAACCCCAGUGUACAUUUCCAACACUUGCCUCCAACCCAGUCCCAAUCCCAUUCCCUGCACGUCUCACAGAUUCAGCCCCAGACUCACCUUCAACCCUCACUCCCAAUCCUACCCAGUACUUCUGUACCCGAGAUUAGGGCCUGUGGAGUGUGUUUCCAUAGACCCCAGAAUGAAACCAAAUCUGACCUCUCGCAUAAAUUUCAGCACCUAGAACGCCACUUAUUGAAGAAGCAACAGGAAAGUUUGUGGGGUUUAGCCCAUGUAUUCCAAAGAUCUCAAGAAGCCUUUUGUCCUCCAGCUCCCAGUCUUCCUCUGGUCAGCCAGUCCUCCCAGGCCUGUGCUCCAGUUUCUAUCAUUUCUGGGCAUUUUCCUGUUAAUACUGAACCUCAGGAGAAACUAGUGCUACACGUCCCAAAGAAACUAGUCCCACAUGAGUGUCUCCACAUCUGUAGAGAGCAAGAAUCACUGGCACUGAUGCAGCCUCUGUGCAGACUAAUAGAAACAUCUCAACAGAAUUGUAGACAUACUCACUCACAAUGCUCUGGGUUUAAGGACCAGAGCAGCACAGAUCUGGAAGAGUUUGAACUGAAUUACUCGGGAAUUAUCCUUGACAGGAGUUCAUCAAAAUUUCCUCUAAAGAAGGGCCUGGGAAACAGUUUUGGACAUAGUCUGGUGAAGGGUUCAUCAAGGGUCUCAGAAAACUAUGUAGCCAACAGCCUAGGUACUAUCUCUGAGGAGACACAAGGGGACUGGGUAUGUCACUCAAGGAAAGACUUGGGGAAUAAAUCACUAAAUAUCUCACAGGAAAGCAUAGAUGAGGAACAAAUGAAAUGGAGCCUAAACUUACAUUUGUUCAAGAAAUUUUGGCAGAUCAGUGAGUGCAAGAUCCCUGUAAGUGUGUGCCGUUCAUGGCUUGCUGAUGAGAGUAUGUUGCCUCUUUCUGACAAUAUGGAAAAUACAAACGUGGCACCAUCAGCAGGUAGGAAAUGCUGCCAGAUUAACCCUCUGAAGCUGACCUUCCUUGAUCCUGACACUCGACACAUGCUAGAAGACCAUAUUAUACAAUUUCGAGUGAGUCAGAAGUGGGGUCUACCUCUCAAGGUCCGUGAAUCCAUCAGAUUCUAUACAUUGAGAGAAGCCAAAUCAUGGCCUCUUCCACAAUUCGACAUACCCUCCUCAGUCACCUCUACUUCUGGAAUAAAUUCCAAAGUCAAGGUUUCCAAACCUCUUGGAAGAAAUCCUCAAGCUUUACAGGGAGACAGUGAAUUAACCAAUUCAAUUCCCAUCCUGGAUUGUCUUCAAACUACCACCUCACCUGUGGGUAAGGAAGAGCAGGAGGCCCCCAAACAAUCACUCUCUAAUAUCAGUCAUGCACUUGUAGAUGACUUCCAGACAACUGAAGAUGGGAAGCAGAGUUUUAUGACCCCCAAAUACAGUAUUAUAGACAAAAUGAACCAGAACAAGACAGUACAAUAUCCAACAAUACCCAACAGACAUUCAGAGCUUCCUACAAAUCAGGCUGGAGUUGGCCAUGAGUCAAGGGAUAAUAAGCUAGUGAGUCCCAGCGAUAGAGUAGAAACGCUUCAGGGCAAAAACUUGGAGGAGAAUUUAGAACAUUUUUCCAUGGCCAAUGUGUCCAGAGAGAUAUUCAAAGCUGAGGAGCUCCUUGCUCUUGAAUCACAAUCUAGGGACAUUUUGACAACUAAAGAGCUGGAAAACUACCAGAUGAUAAAUGUGGAUACCAAUAAAGCAGAAACUACCUUUACCACUGUCGUCCCACCAUUGUCAAGAAUGUCAGUUCCCCAAGAUCCUGAACUAUCAUACCUUCAAAAACCACUGGUAAGUGAGCUAAAGUUUAAAUUGGAGGGCCAGGAACAUAGUCAGGUUCAGAGUUAUUCUACUAAUACAUCUCUUACCUCAGAUAGUAUGGAUUCGACUUCUUUCCUGAUGCAUGCCCAGAGUGUCCCCUGGGGUUACAUUGAAGUUUCCCAGGGACUGAAUGUCCAUGCAGAAUGCAAAAGCAUUAGCAUGGAGCAGAGGCAGAAGUCCUGGACCUCUAAAUAUGUCUUUGGGAAGUGGGAUGACGAGAAUUUCUCACCAACUGCAGGGAGAGUGAACCUUCAGAGGCCCAGAGCAGGACAGUACAGAAAAGAAGAUUUAGGAUUAGGGACAUCCAAAGCCAGAACAAAGAGCUACCCUAUCCAGGUCAAGAAAUCAGAAACCCGUGAGAGCAACUCUGACCAGUACCUGUCACAGAAGGAAGAAUCUCCUCAAGAAAAUUUCUUCAGAAAAAAGAUGAGGCAAUUUUUUCAGUGGAUCCAUUCCAAGAAGCAGGACUCUCUCCUGCAAAAAGCCAAGUUCGUAUUGGCUUCUGUGCAGAACCAAGACUCAGGUGAAAGUAUGAACUGUGGUGAUUCUGAAGCUCAGGAGCUCAUGGCAGCCAUUGGGAAUAUGCUGGAGGAGAAACUGGGAUGUAGGCAAGGACUUCAGCAGACAGCAGCACCACAUGCCACUGAGGGACGUUCCUCCAACAACAGGAUACUUACCUCUCCAGAGCAAAGGGAAGUGUCCAAUACCAACCCAGGCAGCCAAAAAGCUGUCCCUGUCAGCCAAAGUAGUCCUACACAUGAUAAGCAGAUCAGAGACAGGAACAUAUAUCCCCAGAAAUUGAAGAGAUUCAAAGAUCAGUUACUGAGUUAUUCCCCUUCCCCAUCCCCUAGAGAACCUGUGUCCCAUGAAGACCCUAGCACCAUGCAUCAAAUAUGUCAGGUGCCUCAGGCCACCCUUCUCAAUGUUGAAGGCACUGUGCUCAGAGACCUGUCUCUUCUCUUUAGACAGAAAAUGCUUCUUCAGCACUUCCAGGGAGGGAAAUGUCCCCCUAUAGAAUAA